CAGUCGUGGCUGUCAGUGAGCAUUAUCCGGUCGCGCGCUCGUGACCUGCCUCUUCGUUUGGCUAAUCGCGGACGCCCUUUCGGAAUCCGUCACUCGCGUCCGUCGACGAGUGUCUCCUUUUCGCGCCUUAACGUCGACGUCGUCGUCUUAGUGCGUGAGUGUCAGUGUGUCUUUGUGUGUGUGCGAGUGCGCGUGUGGUCGUUCGUCACCGCCGCACGGAAUUCUGCGUCGGCCGGCUUCGGAUCCCUCUGCAUUCAAGCCCAGAUUGUGUGAUAAUCGCAGCCGAUCCAUCUCAACCUUUCGUGCGUGACAUUAGUUUUUUGUUUUUUUGAAGACUUCUUUCGACCGAAACUUAUAACAUUUGCCUCGCGAGUGCUCAGUUACGUGUUGACUUCAGUGCACCAAAUCGAGGAUUGCAAGUUUCCCCGUCUAGUUUCCAAAUCAACACAAGAUUCAACGUAGAAGAAGACUGUGUGAUCGGCACAUCGAACUUAAAACCUUCGCCUCGCGAUCAGUUGAAUUAACUCGAGGUUAAUCGAAUCAGGAACCUCAAAUUUUCCAACCAAGUUUUGAAGUUUUUCGGUCAAGUUUUCGAAUCAAUCCACACCGAACACUAUACUCGUCACCAAAGCGAAUUGAGUGGUAUGAUCUGGCGGAGCAUGUGCGGUGCCGGCGGGAAAAGGCGGAUGGGUCACGGUGAUCGGGGACAUCGGGCCUAACGCGACGAGUGGGCGCACUGGGCGCAGUGGGCGCCGAGCCGGGAAAGAGACCGGAACAUAUGGUAUGGAAAGGAAAGUGCGAGGGGGCCUUGGGCUUGGGGGCCGGCGGGGGCGGGGGGCCGGAAAAGCGCGAGGCAAGCGCGGCGGCCUUGGCAGGCGGAGGCGGCAUGAGCAUGAGCGCCAAGUGCGGGGAAAUGGCCAGCAAACUGGUCCACAUCUUCGGCUGGCGGCAUACCUACCAGGUCCAGGAGGCCCAGCGGGCCAACCACAUUCAUGACGUCAUCGUCGUCGGCCAUAGCAAUGACACGUGGGUGGGGGUGCAGAGCCUGGAGUCGCAGUCGGACGGCGGGAUCCUGGACCCGGACGACCGGGUGCGGGACGUGGCCGACGACCGGGAGCAGAUCAUCGCCAAGUUCGAGGACGCCGACGGCGACGGGGCCGAGGGUCCCGAGGGAGACGUCCACCUCCACCACGGCGGCGACGGCGCCUCCGCCAGCUCGCAGGGCACCGGGAGCCCCGACCUCUUCCACGCCCACCACCCCCAUCACCCUCACAAUCUCAAAACGGACAUCGAGGUUACCAAUGAGCAGAUAGCGGGCGGAGUACCUGUCUCACUUCAGGUACGACGGGGUAGUGAGCCGGCACUGAAUUUGCUGUUAGCUAAUUCAGCAUUGCAUGCUGAUGCAGGCAUGAGCAAUUGCUAUAGUGCAGGAGGUCCCCAUCCUAUGAUCUGUGAUCAGAAUAAACGGUGGUCAGCAGCCCCUCUCAUCAUCGAGCCACCCACCUCAGACAAGGUGGAUCGGUUAAGCAAUGGCCAUGGUGAAUGGAAUAGGUAUCAGAACAGUACUCCACGUCCUCAUGUCCAACAGUUACAAACCCAUUUCACCCAGUGUCUCACCAAUAAUUUUCAUGGAAAUAAUGACUGGGAUACAUAUCAACCGAAUCCUGUUCAGCCUCAACCGCAGCGUCUACAUACGCCCUUUGCCCGAGAUGGAUCCAAUAGGCUCUCUAUGCAAUUUUCUAGUGAUUCCAGUGGCUUUAGGUGGAUUGAUGCGGCUGAUCGGGUAAACAAACGAGGGCUUACAUCCUCUUUGUCCCUUCCUCGCGAACACAGGAGGAAAGAACCUUUAGGCCAAGCAAACAGCAACCCAAUUGUGGGUACUUCCUUUUCUGUAGCUGAACAAAAGAAAGAAUUCAUUGUGUUAGAUUGCACCAGUGGUUCAUUGGGUAUUCAUGUUGUGCCAGACUAUGAUUCCUAUGGCGGAGAGAGAGGUCUCUUAGUCAAAGGUAUUGAACCAGGUGGCACAGUCGAUCUGGAUGGUAGGCUUGCUGUUGGUGACAAAAUUGUUGAGAUCAAUGGAAAGCAGCUUGUCGGCCAACCUUUUCAUAUAGUUCAAGAAAUUUUCCGGGAUUCUGUGAAGUCUCCUGAGCUAAGAUUACGGGUGAUAAAGAAUCCUAGUGAAGGAGGGAAAAAGCAGCCGCCACCGCCUAUUUUCCCAACAAGCACAAGCAGUGCCAAUUUGAAAAACAAGGAGAACCAAGGGUCUGUCAGCAAUAGUGAACAAAUGGUGGAAAGCGAAGAGACAGUAGCAAGCGCUAACAGCAAAAUGGCAACCGUCUCGCCUACCAAAAAAUUGCCGAACAUGCUUUCGCUUAACCACGUGCAGCAGCCAACAGUAAAUCCGCUGAUGACAGCAAAUACUCGACGAAUCGGGCGCAGGAUGGAAUUAGAGCUGCUCAAAGGGCCUCACGGACUUGGUUUCAGCAUCACAACAAGAGAUAAUCCUGCUGGAGGGAACUGUCCCAUUUACAUCAAGAAUAUUUUACCCAAGGGUGCCGCUGUAGAAGAUGGAAGGUUGCGACCAGGUGAUAGAUUAUUGGCUGUUAAUGACGUUGAACUUACAGGCAAAAGUCAGGCUGAUGCUGUCAGUCUUUUGCGGAACACACCUCCUGGUAGUACAGUUCGCAUUGUUGUCUCUCGACAAGAUGAUAGCCAACGCUCAGGGGAUUUGUGUGUUGACAGAGACAGGGAGUUAAUAAGCAAGCGCCUUAGUCAUGGACCAGUUAGACGAGAGGAGAACGAAGAAGAGACUAAUGUCAGAUGGGUCGAGAAGAGCGACAGAUCCGAGAAAACAGACGUUGAAAAGAACUCAAUAAAACAAGAGCUUAACAGGUCAUCUGAAUACCUGAGUGAUAGCAAAUCAAAAUCUAAUUCUUUGGAUCGCAGUCAUUCUCUACCAUGGAAACGGAAGGAAAUUUUGACUUUCGAUAUACCUGUCCAUGACACGGAGAAAGCCGGACUAGGAGUCAGUGUCAAAGGCAAGACCUCUGCAAACCAUUCAGGGAAGAAAAACGUUUCAGGUACUGAUCUAGGCAUUUUCAUAAAGAGUGUGCUACAUGGAGGAGCAGCUUCCCGGGACGGUCGUCUGAAGACCAACGAUCAACUCUUAUCUGUUAAUGGGAUCUCAUUACUGCACCAAAGCAACACUGCAGCCAUGGAAACGUUGCGUACAGCCAUGCUGCAUGAAGAAGGUCCAGUCCCUGGUGCUAUUACGAUAACAGUCGCUCGUCGCAAUUCUUCACCCUCAACAUCGCCAGUGCAACACAAGCGUUCUGAUUCGGCAUCUAGUCAUAUUACUAACUCAUCAUCAAAUACUGAAACGUUUUGUGCGAAUCGCUCAGACCCUGAAAAUAGUGCUCAUACAACAACAGACAACUCAGGAACAAGUGAAAACUCUGACAACACAGUUAUCUUCAUGCCGCAUAAACAUCAAAUAAGUCCUCAAAUUGAUGCGAUCACUCUUAGGAAUCCUGUACUUGACCGUCUGACCGGUCAAACUACUCAUCAUAAUGGUCUUCGUAAUCAAAGUUAUUACAGGGCAACACACCAGACAACCCUAAUGUUAAGUGGUGAAGAUGAUAUGUCUAGCCCCACCAUUAACGUUCCAUCCAGUGAUAUUGUAUUAAUUGAGGAAGACAACCCUUACUCUAUGCCAUCCAACCGAAUACAAGGAUUAGAAAACAUUAGUGAUAAACCUCAAAGACAGCGAAACAGUACCAGUAGUGCCACAGACAUCACGUAUGCAAGCCAAUUAUCUCUAGAGGAAGCUGCUAAAGGUUUCUCAAGAGAUGCAUUUGGACGACAAAGUAUGUCUGAAAAACGUCACGCAACGCUAGAUGCCAAAAAUACUGACACAUACCAACGCAACAAGAAACUGCGUGAAGAAAGAGAGAAGGGUAAAUGGAAUGACUCAUCUGGCUCAAAUCACCGAGCAGUCUACCGAGUUAGUUCCGCUGAGUCGAUUCCGAGAUCAGAGCAUAAUGUAGAAUCAGUGCCAAAGAAACAGUUGGGUCCCUCCCUUGGUAUGAAAAAAUCAUCUAGUUUGGAAUCCCUGCAAACCAUGGUUCAUGGAAUUCAGAUGGCUGAAGAUGGUGAGGUUUAUCAUCGAACUGGUCAAGGCUCAGUGCGGGUAAUUCGAGGUCGUGGCUGCAAUGAAAGUUUUCGUGCAGCUGUUGAUCGUAGCUAUGACACGCCCUUUUCGCUUCCCCAUGAACUUCAAAUGGAUAUUCUUGCAGAAGAUGAGAGAGAAUCACAUGCUUCACUAGAAUUCAACAGGAUGAAACAGAACUCUGGUAAAAAGAAAGCAGGUCUUCUCAAAGGAAUAGGAUCAAUGUUCAGGUUUGGGAAGCACAGGAAAUCCAUGGAUUCGUCUGGACCAGCUUCCCAUCUUGGUAUUGGAAGUAGGGAGCCAGGAGGUGCCCUAGAAGAAGAGCGUGAAAACGCUCGGAGGGCUGCCCGCGAAGAACAGAUCAGAAUCCAGGAGCAAUACAAGCGGCUCAUUCAAAAACAAAACGAGCAACAACAACAAGCAAUGCAGACAUCUCCAACUGACAAGUUGAACAGUAGUUAUUCAUCAAGCAAUGGGAAUAACAUGAACAAAAUGGACGGAGGGAUGGAAGCACGUUCGCGCACAGAGAGGAUCCAGCAACUAAGGGAACAGCAUCAACGCCGUCAUAUGGAGCGACAGGGCCACUAUCCUCUUGAUGAACGAGAGGAACAUUACGACCAAGCAUUACGUCAGCGAUUGGAGCAAGGAAAUGAUUAUGAAGGCGUGAUAAACAACAGACCAGGGAGCAGAUCUGGCAUCGCUGACUGUCGUCAGUUCAGCCAUUAUGUCAACUACAAAGAAAUCCAACAACAUUUAAAUCGGCGACAGCAACAUUACCACUCGCAAAGGCGGGAGCCCAAAGAGCUGACGCAUCGACCGGUUUCAAACUUUUACGAAUACGAAAGUGUUCAAUCGCUCAUGAACUCUGAUAUCAACUCCAACUCUCUCCCACGUCAUCACAUGCCAUCUGGGUCUAUUAGUACUAAAAACUACUCUCAUAGUCCAGGAAGGCAGCAUCAACUGUACAGCAAUUAUUAUGGAAACAAUCAACAAAAAGUACCUCAGAACCAUAUGAUUUACCAGCGGAAGCAGCAUGGACCUUUUGUCACUCAUGUCACGAUACGAGAACAUUCGCCAACGAUCAACGGGCCAAAAAUAUAGCAUUCACGCAUUCGGUAGAGCCUUUGCGAGUAUUUGGUGGAUCUUUGCAGCUUUUGAGAGACUGUUACCUGAGAUUACUAUAAAAUAAGACUGCUUUGUAUUAAGUUUGCAGUAAGUUGAUCGUUUUGCUUACCAGAAUAUCAACUCCGAGGGAUAUUCAACACGAAAAUUAUUCCUCUAGUUUUGUAUCAGAUAUAUUUUAUGAUUUAAUGACCGCUGAUUAUAUAUUAGUCCAGAACUUGCUAAGUUUUAGCUCUCCCAUUGAAUUUUUACUUUAAAAACAUCUUGUUGUUCAAUAAUUUCUUCUAAUUUGGGGUCUCAGAAAGGACUGGUUCCAUGCUAGUCUUUUUUGAGAUACUUAAUUCCAUAGAUUUAUCAGAAAAGCAUGCAUUCAUGGUGAUUUUUUUCUUCAUAAAUGUUUUAAACAUUUUCAAUACAACAAUCGUCAUCUGUGUCAAGCAAGCAGUGUUGAAGAAUUUGCAAAAAUUUGAAAAUGAGAAUACAGUUAGAAAUGAUUGUGCUACAAAGCACCUUUUACAGAAUGUAGUGCAGUGUGGUGCUAAGAACCUCAGGGUUAUCUUGUAAAUAAAAAUAAAGUUUUGCAGCAUAAUGGUUUGUAACUUUAUUCAAAAUAGCUGGUCCAAAAAAUAUUGCAUAAUAGAUUCGAUUUCGGGAGAAAGAAUUGCAGUCCCCUCCUAUUGUAACGUUGCUCUCAAAACGUUGUCAUAUGGGUUGUUUUGCCAAAGAGCUUCCCUGUUAUUAUUUAUUUAUUUAUUUUUUUUUUCCAAUAAUACUGACUCUGUUCAAACAAAUUUUAACCUCUACAUAGCUUUUAUCUCAAAAUUUUCCUUUCUUUUUUGUACAUACAGUUGAUAACAUACCCUGAAAAUAUUCACUUUAUUUUCACCAUCUGUGUCUUUGAGUAUAUUGAAUGUAUGUUUUUUUGAUACUUUAAAAUCCAAGAGAAAAUUAAAAUGAUUUAACUCUUGCUUUAUUGAAAUUAAUGCUCAAGGAAAGCUUAUUUCCUACCUUAAUUUAUAGAAAAUUCUCGGCAAGCUAGUAGGGAAAAAUUUGUUCCGUCUAAAAAUUGAAAAUGGAAUUUUGAAACAGUUCCCUUUUUGGUGUGCUUUUUCCCUACUUGCCUCGCCACAUAUUUGAAUGGAUCAUCCAAUUUUAUUAUCUUUGAUACACCUUUUUUUCUCUUUCUUUUAUUAUUAUUUGAUCCCAGUUUCAGAUUUCAUUGUAUUAAAUUUUAAUGCUCUGUACUUUUCUAUGAAAUCCUUUCACUUGUGUUUGGUAAAUUUGUUUGUAACUUUUGUUUGUAAAUUAAAUCCUUCCAAUUUUACCUCCACGAAUCUAAUGCUCUUUGUUGGUUAAGUUUUGAAUGAUUUUGAAUAUGGCUAACAUACUAUUUUUCAAUCCAUCAUCAGGAAAUUUGAAACUGAACAGGACAAAUUUUUUUAAAUAAUUCAAAAGACGUAUUAAUUAUUUUUUGAUGAAAAUUAUUGCAAGGAAAAAUGAGCCUGUCAAAAUCUCUUGGUCUACAUAUCAUCAUUGGGAUAGGUCCUGUUUUACAACUGUUUUUGACAAUGCUACAGAUUUUAAGGCCUUGAUCGCCCCAUAGUAUGAUCAAAGCCAAAAUUGUUUACAAAAUUUUCUCUUCUAAACUUUGAUGCAAUAUCUGUUCCCCAAUCAUGUCUCUAAGAAGUAUUUGUAAUUGGUCAACAAGCUUAGUCAUGCCGAUUUCUGAUUGGUGUUGACAAUUUUUUUAAAUUUUUUUUUGCGUAGUUUCCCAAGUUGACUGUUAAAACCAUUAAAUUUGGUUUCUAAGACGAAGUAUAAGCCUACACGCAAAGAUAUCUGAAAGGUCUAAAAUAUGAUUUGUAGCUAACAACAUCUCCUUUUUGUUACUGCAUUCCGAAAAAAUUGUAAAUGAAAUAAUGGUCAAGUAAGAAAAAUGUUACUCCACUAGUGCCUUUAAGAAUUCGUAUGAUGUCAUAUUUGUUUUUGAAUUAAUACUAGAUUUCAAAUUCAAAUUUUCUGAUGGUCCUUGAAGUUUGCCCAUCUCAGACCUCCAUGUUGCCAAUCAAUUUGUUUUUCUCAGCAUCUUAUCGCAAGCCCAUUUUUCAAUUUUUUCUGCCAUUCUUUUACGUUUCAUUGUGCUGUGCGAAAUUUAAAAUUUUAUUUUAAGAGGAGACGGGAGAGGACAAGGUUGUACUGUUAUCAUAACUGUAUAAAAUAUUGCUGAUUUCUGAAUGCUCCUUCCUCCCUCUGAGAAUGUGCCUGAAUUGUGUCAUAUUUUUAAAUUGUUGUCCAAUAGACAUCUUAAUCUUAAUUGACAAGUUUGUAAAUUUAUUUGUGUAUUAAUUACAUGUAAGAAUCACUAGUUGCUGUGAAUGCUUCUUUCUAAGGAAGCUCAUUUAUAUGAGCCAAUCGCAAUGCAUUGGAAGCCUUAUGAAGACUCAUUGCAGUCAAUUUUUUUAUGUGUAGUCUUAUUUGCAAGACGCUGAGUUUUGAUCUGAGCGAUCAACAUUUCAUUGACAAUUCAUCUCAAUUUUCUUUUUCAUCAUUGUAUCUUCUUUUUUUAUUAGUAAUAGGGUUUGCAGCAGGGAACAGAUGAAAAAUAUUCAAAGCAUUAAGACGGAAAUGAAUGCAUGGCUUUGUACAAUAUACAUUUGCCGGUGGGUCUGUAGAAAUCAGGUGGAUUAACUGUAUUCUCGCAUCAAUGCUGACUUUUGCAACCUUUUUCAAAAUACUCACAUUUUUAUUAAUAAGGACAUGAGAAAGAAAUAAUAUACAUUUAAAAAGAAGAACAGAGAGAAAAACUAAUCCAUAUAGUUGUUGUUGUCUCCAUAAGGUUGUCUGACUUGUAUCUGAAAAUGAUAAAUUUAACAUCAGGGUUUACAGUAUAACAAAUUUCUCAUCAUCUAACUCGGUUAAAGUUUAGUUGAGGGAAACAAUUCAAAUGCAAUGGAAUCAUAUUACAACUUUAAAGUUCUGUUUUCAUCAUAAGUCGUUCAGAAUAGCUUGACUUCCCCUCCAAUUUUGGAACAUAAUUCCUCGUUGCAAUUUUUUAUUGUCGCAUACUCCGUUGUAAUCACAUUGUGCCUCAUUGUGUUUUAAGGUGGCAGUUGUGUAUGUUAAAAGUUUGAUCUAUUUUAUCCUGUUAUUAACAUUCCCAACAUGUAUCAUGUUUCAGAAAAAGGACCAUGUCUUUUCUGAAGAGUUUUGAAGGGUGCACCAAUUGGAAACUACAUGGUCGGUUUAGAAAUUUCCCUGAAUUUAAUUUAAAUGUAAUACAAGUUAUAAACCUGCACCAAUGAAGUUUCAUCUCAUCGUUUCCUUGAUAUUAUUCCAGUCCUAAGUAGAACAUUCUUUUCAGUAGCUAAAGCUGGAAAAAAUAUGAAUUGCUUGAAAUGUUAAGAAGAGUAAUCAGUUCAUUGGUAACUUCAACUUUCAAAACAAAAUUGUACAUACUUGCUGAAUCAGUUAAAAUGAUCUUAGCUUAUUGUUACCAGUUUGAGAUUAAUAUCUGUAGAAAGGUCAUGGAGUUAAAGAAAUUUUGGUGUGGAAAAGCUUGGAAGUCUGGGACAGCUGUUUCCAGAAAAGAGAGAACACCUUGAUUUAUUCUCCAGGCUAUUUCAAGACAUCAUCAUUUUGAUUGUGAAAUUAGAAAACUACAUAUCUCAUUGCCAAAUUUUUAUUCCUAAUUUUUUUUUCUUCUUUUUUUCUUUUUUUAAGGAACAUGAAUCAAUUUUGCAGAGAAGAGAACUUACUGAAGUUUUUUUAUGUAUGUUGUUGCUCAGAGUUUCAUGUAAAACAAAAAAGUGUGAAUGAAUCAAGGUAAAUUUUUUUCUCAAGUUCCGUAUCCAUUAUUUAUACUUCCUUCACCAGUAGGAAGGUCAGGUCCUUUGGAACUCAACUCUUUGAGGCCUAUAAUCAGUGCCUCUCUGAAAUGCGUCAACGGCUGAGAAACCAGUGAUAUUAUUGAAAUUGUGAUCUCUGUUUUAUUAUCUCCUCUUAUUCUACAUUCCAUUAACCUAAGCAGUAUUAAUAUUUCCGACAAAUCCAGUUUUAUUAUUUGAAAGGAAUUGAAAUUUUUUUAAAAGGAACUUCUUAUGUAUGGAAAUGCUGCCGUUUUGGCUUCAUGUAUUUCUCUCAUCAAUGCCAGUGAAUCUAUUCUAUCUGUGUUCGUCUCAGUCUUUAAUUUUUCAAACAUAUCUUUUCCAAUUUAGCAUCUUCUUUGAUAAAAAAAAACAACUUGUGAUUUAUUGUAUUAGUUGAAAGAAUUGUAAUGUGUUUUCCUGAUAGUAGAAAGAUUUUUGAAGCCUUUUUUUUAAAGUGCCAUCAUAAAUUUUUAGCAAUUUUUCCUAGGUUGCCGAUACUAUUAUCAGAAGCUUUUGCAAUUGUAUCCGUCCUAUUUGUACUUGUCAUAGCUUAGUGAACAAUUUUAUUCGGAAUCCUUCAUCUUCCCUUCAAAAGAAAAUAAAUGUAAUUAGAUUGCCUUCAAAGUAUAAAAAAUUAUCCAGAAUGUAUUUUAAGUUACUAUGUACAUUCAAUUGUUACGUAGAGAAAAACUUUUAUUUCUAUUCGUUAUUUUUAAAUGAAUCAUUACCAUUUGUUUAACUUUUGUGCAGGUUUAAACUCAAAUUUGAGUUGCAUUGCCUUUUCACCAUGUUGAUGGAGGUAGAAAGGUUUUUGUACAAUACUACUUUUCUUUUUCUUCCUUUUUUUUAAAAGAAAUGGAAAUUUAUCUUGUGUAUGAUUUUAUUGUGUGACUGCGUGUAUGGCGAGAGUGAAAGUAGGACUUCAAAAAUUUUCUUUCCAUGAAUAAGAUUAUGAAAGCAAUUCAAAUAAUUUAAUAUUGUAACAUUAAAUAAAGCAAUAAUCUUGUAAAAGUA